AUGGAUACGAAAUCUUCAAAAUCGAGCGCAAAAUCGUCUCAUGGAGCAAGAGUGUCUUAUGCUCGUCAAGCACGACAACGUAUGGCUUCAAAUUACCUUCUCCUGUGGGUAGAUGUCAGCAUCGACGAACGAAAAAAGGAUUGCCAAGAUACACUCACCCAAUUAAAGAACGUGGUCAAUGAUGUCAAGUUAUGCACUGAACCGAAUCAGUGCAUCCAAGUACUCAACAAGACUGACAAAGAACGAGCCUUUGUCAUAACAUCAGGCUCGUUAGGUCAACAUUUAGUUCCUGAAAUUCAUGGCAUACCACAGCUAGAUGCCAUUUACAUCUUCUGUGGCAACAAAUCCAGACAUCAAGGAUGGAGUCAAAACUGGACAAAAGUUAAAGGUAUCCAUACAAACAUUAAAGAAAUAUGCCAAGCAUUACAAUCGGCUGUUAAGCAAUGUGACCAAGACACAAUUGCUGUAAGUUUUCUAACGAUAAAUGAUAUGGCUUCAACUGAGAAUUUAAAUCAGUUGGAGCCAACUUUUAUGUAUACACAACUAUUCAAGGAAGUUCUCCUUGACAUUAAAUAUGAUCGUACGGCGAUCAAGGACUUAGCAGCUUGUUGUCGCGAAGAUUUUAGUGGCAAUUCAAGCGAAUUGCAAGUAAUUAAUGAAUUUGAACGUGACUAUCGUCCAGAAAAAGCAAUAUGGUGGUAUACACGUGAGUGUUUCACCUACAAAAUGCUCAAUCAAGCACUUAGAACAUUGAACGCCGAUAUAAUCAUUAAUAUGGGCUUCUUUCUACGUGAUGUACAUCAACAAAUUCAACAGCUGCAUGAACAACAGGUCAGUAGUUAUGGACGAAAAACGUUUUUAGUUUAUCGAGGACAAGGUCUCAUGAAAUCAGACUUUGAAAAACUUCAGAAAGCAAAAGGCGGUCUUAUGUCAUUUAACAAUUUCUUGUCAACUAGUAAAAAUGAAAUAGUGUCCCUCGGAUUUGCUCAAGAUGCUUCAACAAAACCAGAUAUGGUCGGCAUUCUCUUUUAUAUGUCCAUUGAUCCUUGUAUUAAAUCAGCACCAUUUGCUUCUAUUAACGAACUUAGUUAUUUCGAGGCACAAGAAGAAGAAAUUCUCUUCUCAAUGCACACCGUGUUUCGAGUGAAUACAAUUAAACAAACGGACAAAAAGAAUCAACUUUAUCAAAUUGAAUUAGAACUAACAUCGGAUGAUGAUCAACGGCUCCGAGUACUUACUGAUCGGAUACGAAAAGAAACUGGUGCACAGUGGGCAACUUUCGUCUGCCAGGCGGACAUGUAG